AUGGGUGGUGGUAGCUUCCAGGCACAUUACAGAUGCUACCCCGUCAGCUUCAUGGACAAGCCAGAGGCCGAGACUGGCAAUAAGAUAUUCUUGCCUUCCUCAGCAUUGGAUCGUCUCGCUUCGCUCCACAUCGAGUAUCCAAUGCUGUUCAAGGUGGAGAGUCGAGGCAAUGGACGCUCCACCCACUGUGGGGUGCUCGAAUUCAGUGCAGACGAAGGCUUGGUCUACAUGCCCUACUGGAUGAUGCAGAAUCUGCUGGUGGAGGAAGGCUCGGUGGUGACCGUCAGCAGUGCAACUCUGCCCAAGGGAUCCUAUGUGAAGCUGCAGCCACACACCUCAGAUUUCCUGGACAUCAGCAAUCCCAAGGCUGUGUUGGAGAUGACGCUGCGCAACUUCAGCUGCCUGACCAAGGGAGACUGCAUCUGCCUGCACUACAACAACAAAAAGUACUACAUCGACAUCAUAGAAGCCAAGCCCGAGGAUGCCAUAUCGGUGAUAGAGACUGACUGCGAGGUCGACUUUGCGCCGCCGCUGGAUUAUGUGGAACCCAAGCGAGUAGAGCGCGCCCCGGAACCCGCGCGCACAACAGACGACGCAGGUCCGGAGGUUGCGCCGGAGCCAGAGCGGUUUUUGGCGUUUGUCGGUCCCGGGCGGCGGCUGGACGGCCGGCCCGCCGUUGGCGGACCCCCCGUUGCUGGCAGCAGCGAAGGAGCUGCGAAGCCCGCAGAAGGAAACCGGCCGGGGCAGAAGUCCGGCAAGGUGGUGUUUGGCGCCACCGGCAACCGACUGCUGGACAAGAAGCUCGCUGCUGAGAAGCCCAAGGCCCCAAAGCCUGAGUCAGUGGAUGGUGUGCAGGAGAAAAAGGAUGAGGAUUCGAAGUUCAAGGCAUUCACGGGGAAGCCUCGUUCACUACGGGAUUGA